CACACGCGCACGCACGUACACACACGCGCGCGCGCACGCACACACACGCACAUAUGCUUCAAACUAAUAAAGUCCUGAGCAGCAAGGACACACACUUGUAGCUGAACACACCAAUGUAAAUGGGUGAAACAGCACGUAGCCAGGAGAUCGUCUAGGUUACCGUCUCUUAGCAACAGACAGACAUUCACCUCCAGUCUGCUGGUUGCCAGGAGUAACGCUGAUGUUUGGAGCCAUUCUGUAUUUGAGCUUGGAGGAGAGAAGAACCGACGGAGUCUGACACACACAAUGAUCGGAUUUGCUCUGAUCAAACACGUUCUUCUUGCACAUCUGGAUUGCGGAAAGUCCUGGAACCUUUCCUUGCCUUGAGCAGUCGUUCAUUGCGAACUGAAAACCUCCAAAAAGCUCGAGUGAUUUCUUUGUUGCUGUUACGUUACCCACAAUGCACACGCCAGCUUCAAUAGUGACUGGCAUUGUCUUCGCUCCCUUGGGACUGGUGCUGGUGUUCACGGCAGCCAUCACGCCUCAGUGGCGGGAAGGCCAGGCUCGUCUGGGAAGGGUUGGGACUGGUUUACGUGAAGCCAGAGGCAUCGAGCUUCUGCUCCUCCGCUCCGAUGGACUCUGGGAGAGCUGCCUGCAGGUGGUGCACUCCGAAUUGCGGGAGUGCUGGCCUGUAUCUGGCCCGUACCAACAUGAUUCCCGUGUCCUUGCCACUCGGGGACUAGUGCUCUCGUCUCUAUUCCUGUGUGGCUCGGGGAUUGUGCUUGCCAGCAUCGGUGCCCGCUGUUGGACGGACACACCGCUCAGAAAUGUAGCAGGAGCUGGAGGAUUACUGGUGGCGCUUGCGGGUGUGCUCAGCCUCGCAGCAUUGAGCAUCUACACUCAUCAUCUGCCCAAACUGGGGGUGGAGCUCAUAUCAAACAUGUCUGACUUCCAAGGACUUGACUUGCACAAGUUGCCCAGUCUGACCCUGCACCCAGCUGGUUCUCUGUAUUUCGGGUGGGUCGGUGCGUGGGUACAGGUGCUUGGAGGGCUGGCUCUGCUGUUUGGGGUCGGACGACCACGAUGCCCGGUUCGCACCAAACAACUACGGAGGGAAAUUGUGAUGACGGCUUACGAUGUCAGCUGCUAGACGAAACUUGUUUGUGAAAAGAGGAGGAAUAAAAGGACAAUCAGGACACUACUCCUCGACACUGUUUGGAUCAUCGUAAAGAAGGUUAACACCAACUGCUUAAUUGAUAUACUCUGUAUUGUGUUGCUGUCGCAAAGCUUCAGGGUCCCUGGUUCGAUGCUGAGCUCAGGUUAUUGUCUAUAAUGGAGUUCGGCACGUUCCUUCCGAGGUCACAUGUGUUUCUUCAAGAUUCUCUGACUUCCCAAAAAACAUGCAGGUAGGAGGAAUGCCUAUGCUAAAUUGCUCCUAGGUGUCGGUGAGAGUGUGAACAUGUAUACAAUGGACUGGCAUCCUAUUAAAUUCUCGCACCCUGUGUUCAGUGUUCCCAUCAUACCCCGAGCAGGAUAAUGCGCUUACUAAUGGAGAUCUAACGAGUGCUGCUGUGUGGGCUGCCACUGCAUUUCAGAGUCAGGAGCCCAUGGUAUCUGUCUUGCUCUGUGUAACUAGGCAGAGCUUGUUUAAUAAUAAGUGCCGGGAGUAUAAACUAAACGUUUCACAAAGAGACUCUUUUGGACACCUGUUGCCUCUUGAACUGGCGUGUCUUUACUGGUUUUGGGGCCUUAAUCCCAUUCGUCUGAUCAAAACUCCGAUGAUACCUUUUGAAAAAAUGGAUCAGGGUUGGUAUAUAUAAAGCUGUGCAAACGUCCACACAAAUCAGGAAUAUUCAUAGUCAGAAAAGGUUCAUUUGAAGAGUACUACAAACUCCCAAACUGUUUAAAAGGCUUUCGGAAGUCGAAAUAAAUGGACAAGGAUGCAAAAAGUGGCAGUGGAGAUGUUCACAGGACAAGGCCUGUUCCACAGCAGACACAAUGUACUAGCGUAGAUCUGUUUUUAACGACACCGAGCGUAUUAAAAGGAUCCCAUUUGUAAGGGCAUGCUAUUGAUCACAGAUUUAAUUAGAGAUAAAACAUUACCAGCAACACAACAAGAUAAUGACGACUGAAAUGAAGGUCGUCGUGACUUCCUGACAAAGGAGAAAACAAUGGAAUAUACAGACACAACUGAUAGUAAGUAUUACACACCACGUCAAUCUUGGUACGAUGUACAAAAACAUAUUGUUGACAUGCUGGUGAUGCAACAUGGACAUUAACCCACGAGACCAUAAACGAAUGCUCAAAGUAAAUGGACUUUUUCCCCUUUCCCACCAAAUCAUUAACUGGAGACCAGAUGUAUAUUAAAUAUGAUAUUCCCCUAUUCCCCAUCAUGGGCUCAAGCUACACAACUUAUUACACAGUUCGUGGCUAUGCCUUUGGUACCUCGUGGAUACAACCUAAUAUGUGACCAUGCCUUAUUACAGAUAACCACCACAUCUUCAGGUUUGCUCCGAGAGUUUACGAAACCCUGUCUGUCUAGCAUUUCUGGUCUUAAUUGAAGAGGUUUUAUAUAGACCAGCCCUGAUCUGGAAUCAGCUCUGUCGCUGUGAUUGUAUAUGACUAUGAAAGCAAAAAUACUAAUGAUAGGUGUGGGGUUUGUCUUAUGUACCAACAGUGCUCACUGCUACGCUGCUCAGGCCAAUAGAAGCAAAAACAGCGGAAGAAAUUUAGGUGUCAGUUGAUGAUCUGUGCUGCUUGAUGGUGUAUGUACCUAUGUAGUAUUAUUAUUAUUAUUAUUAUUAUUAUUAUUAUUGUGGACGGCUACGAUUAGUGGACAACCCGCUCUACCACCACAGCAGUGGUACAGCGGGCUCUCCAAUAAUCGUAGGGUUGGCGGUUCGAUUCCCGGCCCACGUGACUCCACGUACCGAAGUGUCCUUGGGCGAGACGCUGAACCCCAAGUUGCUCCCGAUGGCAAGUUAGCACCUUGCACGGCAGCUCUGCUACCAUUGGUGUGUGUGUGAAUGGGUGAAUAAGAACCAGUGUAAAGUGCUUUGGAUAAAAGCGCUAUAUAAAAGCAGAACAUUUACUAUUGUUGUUGUUGUUAUUAUUAAUGAAGGUAUUAUUAAUAAUUUAUCGUGACCCAAACCUAAGGCUAAAUUAGACUGUUUGCAUCCAUGUUGUAAUCCAUCCACUUUCUAAAAUGUAAGCGCUACGGUAUUUCACUUUUUAAGAUAACUCUCUUCCUGUAAAAUGUCUGCUUGAUUUGUGAUCGAAUAUAAACCAUCACAUGCACUGACAGAACGCGCUUAAAAGUUAUUCAUAUGAAGCCAAGUAUAUAUAUUUAUCCUUAAGCCAGCAACUGUAGGACUUUCGUGCGUAGGUUUUACGUGCCGUGCAGUGUGUCCCCUCGGUCUUGUGUAUAUUUCUCUACGGUUAAAAAAGUGACAUUUUUAAAAAAAAAAAAAAUGAAAUGCAUCUCCUCGUGUUGAAUGUGUAAAUAUAUUUUGUAACGUUGCUAAAUAACUAAAUAAAGGUUUGUGGUGUAUUCAUGCAUGCUGAUAUAACUGUUCUGUUUACGAGACCACUGUAUUGUAUGUGUGUUUGUGCUUAGAAACUUAGUAAAUACUCCGACCGCAAUAUUUACAGGAAAUUCUGCUACACUCGCUGUGUUUUGGUACUCCGUUUUUAGCACUUCUCAAUUUUCAAUGGAAAAGUUCAUUCAAAUGCUGCUGGGGGUUAGAUGGUAACCAAAAAAAAUUUUUUAUAAACAAAUAAAGACAAAUUAAAAACCUAUAUGUGGGCCUAGUGUGUAAACAAUAAUUGCCAGUGCAGAGGAAUGCUGACUUGAUUUUAAUUUAAGAAUAGGGGAAAAAAAUAUUGGAACCAUGUUUGGAGUUUGGAGGCAUCGAGCUUGGUACAAAAUGCUAACUGUGAUGGAAAGCUAACCCUGCUCAGCACCAUGACACAAUCUUCCCCACUGUUUAGCAUGGUGGUGGUAGCAUCAUGUUGUGGGGAUGCUUUUCCUCAACAGGGGCUGAGAUCUGUUACAUAACAAACUUUUUCUAAUGAAGCAGCAACGAUCUGUAGAUAAAGACGAGCAGUUAUCACGCUUGACCCCGACUAGAACUUUGGGUUGUUUUGUAGGUUCUGAUAUUAUUCUGAUGUUGUAAAGAAGAUGUACAGCUGAUUUGAUGCGCUCAGAUAAGUUAAGCUUGCCAUCUAGAGUCAUCCUACCCCAUCGAUCUAUAAGUACAAUAAUAAGAAAGAAAAAAAAAAAAAAGAUGUUUAGCUUUUGUAAACUGUUGUCAUUUUAUUUACAGUAAUAUGUACGAUGCCUUAAUAAACGCUUUCACAUAUACUUCUUACCGUGUUCACAUUACUCAGUACUCGAAGACUUAUGCGUUUGUUCUGUGUAAUGAUUUACAAGAUGGUUUACAUUCAUUCUUUUCCUUUUCUCCCCAUCAUUGCACAUAUUGCGGUACAACAUGCAGCACAAACGUCAAACCUGAAAUUAUAUUAAACGUUUCAAAUGACCACUCUAAAACUUACCUGUAAAAAUAAAAGGCCCUAUCAGCGUCCGCUAUGUGCACAGGCCACUUUGUUCUAUUUUUAUAUAAUAUAAAAUGUGUCAGAUUAUUUACAAUGACAAAUAACUUCCUGUUUCAGAAAAGAGCUCCGAUAAUGAUUUUUUUUGACAAACAUGAGUUCAGAACUCGUGUCCAUUUCAACACAGACAUCAGGGAUCUGCUUCUGCUUCCAGG